AGAAAAUGAGUGUUAAAAAGAGACUUCUCGAAGAAGAUGGUGAUCAUUCCGGGCUCAAUAACAACUCCUCAUCAGUAUUAUUGGACGAAGACUUAGAAGGCACAGGUCAAGGCUUUGUCAGUCAGAACAAAUCAGGUGAAGCGAAAGAAAUUCAAGCUCCUACAAAUACUUUCUGAUAUCAAGUCUCAUGCCCUGUGAGGUUUCUGGGCAAUCAGUUUAAACAUGGAGGUGUAAAAGGGUCUAUAUUCUCCCUUAUCACUGCUAUUCUUGGGUCAGGGACUAUCACAUUGCCCUACCUUGCGUACAACAACGGAAUCGGAACAGCCAUAAUUUUAAUAAUAUUCGGAGCCAUUCUCUCAUAUUUCUGUGGAAUGCUACUAGUCAGCUGCGCAAAUAAAGUAGGCUCAGACAAAUACGAAGACUUUGCUGCCUUCUGCUUUGGAAGGAAAAUGGUCCUUGUCACUGGCUGGUCUAAUGUCUCCACUCUGCUAGGAUUCGUGGUAUCAUAUAUAGUCUUCUUGAAGAAUUUAGUUCCACAUAUUCUAAAUGAGAUCUUUGGCAGGGAAAAUGUGCCUUCUUUAUUAAAUGAUGGUACCAUAUACUCGUUCUUGAUCCUUACUCCGUUAUCAAUGCCAAGGAAGAUCGGAGCACUGAGGUUCAACUCAAUGUUUGGAGUUUGUUGCAGUUUCUAUUUGGUCAUGUGCAUUGUCUUCAUGUUCUUUUUGGAUAGAGGACUUGUCAAAGAUAUCGGAGCUGCAUUCCGUGAGGCUCAUUACUUCGAUAUUACUUGGAACGGAAUGGUAGACGCUGUCCCAUUCGUAGUGUUUGCUUUUAUGUAUCAACCUAACAUUCCUAUUAUAUACAGAGAACUUACUACUAAGAGUUAUGGAAAAAUGAACAAAAUUGUAACCAUAGGUUCUUCAUUCGUAGUUGUUCUUUACAUUUUGGCAUCAAUGUUUGGGUAUUUAGGGCUGGUCGGAAGUCCUGAAGGACUGGAAACUCUCAAAAGGGAACAAAACAUUCUUCAGGUUCAUUACGAUAACGUAGCUUUCACAGUCGCCAUCAUCGGUCUGAUAUUUGCUAUCUUCGCAGCAGCUCCGAUCUGAGUACUUCCAGCGAAGGAUGCUUUUGAAGAAAUUGUGUUCGCUAGGAAUAAGAUGAGCACUAAAUGGAAUGUCAUCACUACCAUCGUUAUGUGCCUAAUUUGUUACAUCUGAGCUAUUGUCAUCCCAGGAAUCGGAGAUGUCAUUACAAUCUUGGGAUGUACCACAAACCCACUGAUAGGAUUCAUCCUUCCGAUAGUGUUCUAUCUCAAAAUUGUGGAAGAUGUGCCACUAUGGAAAACCAUUUGUUGCUGGCUUGUGCUGAUUUUCAUUAUAGUUGUAUCUAUCGCCAGUUUUGUUCUGUUCGUUAUCGAUAAGGCCAAAGGCUAAAACCCGGUUAUUUAUAUAAACUUUAGAUGAUUGGUCAAC